AUGGCUGAUCAUCGACAUCAUCGAAAAGAAACGACUAAACCAGAAACAAGUAAUAGUGAUUCUCGUCGAGCUGAUGACAAUGAACAUGAUGAAGAUGAUAUUAUUGAAAAACCAGUUCGAACUAAUUUAGUUCAUCAAUUCAGCAUACAAGGCGCUGAUGAAAUUCUAGAUGUUCAAGGUCAUGAUGAAGACGAACAAGCAACAAAAGUUGAUCAACGACGACGUCGUUUUCUUGUUCAUCAUCUCAGAGAAUUAUUCGAAGAAAAAUUAGGCGCUAAACAUAUUGAUUAUGGACAAUCUACAGCAUCUAUCGUCAAAAAAUUUUGUGAAGAAUUACCUUCAGACAAUGAUGAGCCGUUCUAUAUUGUGAACCUCUCACAUUAUGCACGUCAAUAUCAACAAUGGAUGCAUUUUUUGGGUCGUAUACGUCCAUUCUAUGCUGUUAAAAGCAAUCCGAGUAGUUUUAUCAUAAAAGUUCUUGCUGAAUUAAAUGGAGGUUUUGAUUGUGCUUCGGCAGAAGAACUUGAAUUAGUACGAAAAAGCUGUGGCGAUGAUUUUGAUUUUGCAACACGUAUUAUCUAUGCUCAUCCAUGUAAGCCGAUUUCUCACAUUCAACAGUUUCGUAAGGCUGGUGUACAAAUGACCGUUGUCGACAAUGAAGACGAAUUACAUAAAUUAAAGCAACAUUGGCCCGAAGCUCGAGUCCUUAUUCGUUUAAAACCGAAUGAUACGCAUUCAAUGAGUCCUUUUUCUACAAAAUUUGGUGCCAAUGAACGUGAAUGCAUAACUUUACUUCGAUUAGCACGUAAAUUGAAUAUUAAUCUUGUCGGAUGUUCAUUUCAUGUCGGUAGUCGAUGUCUCGAUCCUAAUCUUUAUACUGAAGCAUUGAAACAAGCACGACGAAUAUUCGAUAUAGCUCAACAAGAUGAAUAUAAAUUUAAUUUCAAAGUAUUAGAUAUCGGAGGUGGAUUUUCAGGUCACAAUUGGGAUAAACCAAGUUUUCCUGAAGUAGCACAAGUGAUUAAUCACACAUUAGACAAGUUAUUUCCAGAAUCAGAAGGUAUAACCAUGAUGUCAGAACCUGGUCGUUAUUUUUCUUCAGGUGGUAUGACACUUGUUACACGCAUUACUUCUCGACGCAUUCAUAAUCUUGCUUAUAAAUCAAAUGAACCAGUUGUUCAACUUGAUCGGCAAAUGUCUUCGAUUGCAAGUUCAUCUGAAACCAAAGAUGAAAAUGAAGAAUCUGAAAGAGCAUUGAUUGAAAGUGCUGAGAAUAUUUACUACAUUAACGAUGGUAUCUAUGGAACGUUUAAUGCAAUCAUAUUCGAUCAUAAAAUCUUCAUUGUACAUUACAUUAAAAUGAAUAAUGCAAAGUCUGGCAAUAAACAAUUUAAAUCGGUUAUUUUUGGUCCUACAUGUGAUUCAAUAGAUUGUAUUGCACAUUCAAUUGAUUUACCAUUGCUAAGUAUUGGAGAUGUUCUAUGGUUUCCUGAUGUUGGCUCUUAUACAAACGCAUGUGCUUCGAACUUUAAUGGAUUUCAAACAAAGAAAUUUCUCUUUAUCUGGAGAAAUUAA